GAUAUGAGGUCAAAUUUAUAUGGUGCCGUCGAUUUGGCUUGGUUUCUGCACUUUAUGUCCUCAAGUGACCACAAUCAUGGUGUUUGGCCUCCUAUGUUUUCAGAACGCUGUUGACCUGGAUUGCAAUGCGUAUGCCGUAGACAUCUUUUACGCCACCAUACAAGUUGUUCUCAUGCUAAUGCUUGUGCGAGCUGCCUACAUAAUAUAUCAAGCUGUCACGACGGGAACUGUCCAGUGCCCUCUCCGAAAAGUCAAAACACCACUGAGUUCACUGAUGCUGCGAGACGGAACGAUCUACUUCGGGUAAUGUCUUUCGUGGUGCUACGAGAUACGACACAUGGACCCAUCUGAUUCUGUUAGGCUGCUACUCGUCAUCAACAUCCUCAAUCUCGUCUUCUACAUCCUCAAGGCUAGUCUACGACAUGCUUGGUCACGAUUGUCGAGGCUGAUGCUCAUCGCACUCUAAAUAGGUCUUCGACGGUUUCAGUUACCUAGGAGUAGCAAUAUCGAGUAUUAUCCUGUCGU